GGAAGCAAUGCGAAAUUACCUGAAGGAGAGAGGGGAUCAAACAGUGCUAAUUCUCCACGCCAAAGUUGCGCAGAAAUCAUAUGGGAACGAGAAAAGGUUCUUUUGCCCUCCUCCAUGUGUGUAUCUCAUGGGCAGUGGAUGGAAGAAAAAAAAAGAGCAAAUGGAGCGGGAUGGUUGCACUGAGCAGGAGUCACAGCCCUGCGCCUUCAUCGGGAUUGGGAACAGCGACCAGGAGAUGCAGCAGCUGAACUUGGAAGGAAAGAACUAUUGCACUGCCAAAACCUUGUACAUAUCAGACUCAGACAAGAGAAAGCACUUCAUGUUGUCGGUGAAAAUGUUCUAUGGCAACAGCGAUGACAUCGGUGUGUUCCUUAGCAAACGGAUCAAAGUCAUCUCCAAACCUUCUAAAAAGAAGCAGUCACUGAAAAAUGCAGACUUAUGUAUUGCGUCAGGGACAAAAGUGGCACUAUUUAACAGACUUCGAUCCCAAACAGUUAGCACCAGAUAUUUGCACGUGGAAGGUGGCAAUUUCCAUGCCAGUUCACAGCAGUGGGGAGCAUUUUACAUUCACCUCUUGGAUGAUGAUGAGUCAGAAGGAGAAGAAUUCACAGUGAGAGAUGGCUACAUCCAUUACGGGCAGACGGUCAAGCUUGUGUGCUCAGUCACUGGCAUGGCACUCCCAAGACUGAUCAUUCGCAAGGUAGAUAAGCAAACAGCAUUAUUGGAUGCAGAUGAUCCAGUAUCACAGCUCCACAAAUGUGCAUUUUACCUUAAAGACACUGAGAGAAUGUAUUUGUGCCUUUCCCAGGAGAGAAUAAUCCAGUUUCAAGCCACUCCAUGCCCAAAAGAACCAAAUAAAGAGAUGAUCAAUGAUGGAGCCUCUUGGACAAUCAUUAGCACAGAUAAAGCAGAAUACACCUUUUAUGAGGGGAUGGGACCGGUGCAUGCUCCAGUGACACCCGUGCCUGUUGUAGAAAGUCUUCAGUUGAAUGGUGGUGGGGAUGUAGCAAUGUUGGAACUUACAGGACAGAACUUCACUCCAAAUUUACGUGUCUGGUUUGGAGAUGUGGAAGCUGAAACCAUGUACAGGUGUGCCGAGAGCAUGCUGUGUGUGGUGCCGGACAUCUCUGCGUUCCGCGAGGGCUGGCGCUGGGUGCGGCAGCCAGUGCAGGUGCCGGUGACCUUGGUGCGCAACGACGGCAUCAUCUACUCCACCAGCCUGACCUUCACCUACACACCAGAGCCGGGCCCGCGGCCGCAUUGCAGUGCAGCCGGCGCCAUCCUCAGAGCCAACUCCAGCCUGAUGGCCUCCAGUGACACGAACCCCAGCAGCGAGGGGGGCUACACGAGCGUCAGCACGAACCCUGCUAGCGUCACCUCCUCCACAGCCACCGUGGUCUCCUAACUGCUGCUGUCUGCCUGGACUUCACUGCAUCGGAAGUGCUCCGCUCAGCAGA